AUGCUGCGUGUGCCCAACGGCAUCAACGGCACCGAAUCCCCCAAUAAUGGCAUGACACUGACAAUUCUCGGCUGUGGAACACUCGGCAUCGCCAUCCUCAGCGGCAUCCUCUCCUCCCUCUCGGAAUCCUCUGCCUCGCACGCUCCCUCCCCCGCCUAUCCCGACUCCGGCACCGCCACACCCACUACUGAGUCACCUCCCCAUCCACAGCGAACACCGACAAACUUCAUCGCCUGCGUGCGCCGUCCCGAGUCCGCCAAACGGAUCAGGGUGGCCGUCCAACCCUACCGGCCCAAUGUGACGAUCCUGCAGAACGAAAACGUCAAGGGCACGCACAACGCCGACGUCGUGAUCCUGGGAUGUAAACCGUACAUGGUCGCCGAGCUGCUGCGCGAAGAGGGGAUGAAAGAAGCUCUUGCAGGGAAACUUUUGAUAUCCAUCUGCGCGGGUGUCCCCGUCGAGCAGAUCGGGACGGUUCUCUACGGCGAGUCGUACCCGGUGGGAAUUCCUGAGAACGCUUGCCAGAUAGUGAGAGUCAUGCCCAACACAGCCGCGAUUGUGCGCGAGUCCAUGACCGUCAUCGCCACCAACACACCUCCAUUACCUCCAUUACCCGCCGAACUCUCCUCAAUAGUCGAAUGGAUAUUCACUCGGAUCGGCCGGGUCGUGCACCUCCCGCCGUCGAUGAUGGACGUAUCGACGGCCUUGUGCGGCUCCGGGCCUGCGUUCCUGGCCCUGAUGCUUGAAUCUCUUGCCGACGGGGCUGUUGCGAUGGGUUUGCCUCGUGCAGAGGCUCAGCUUAUGGCGGCACAGACGAUGCGAGGCACGGCGGGCAUGGUUCUCUCCGGGGAACAUCCCGCGCUGGUGAGGGAGAAGGUCUCGACUCCCGGAGGGUGCACCAUUGGCGGGUUGUUGGUGUUGGAGGAGGGCAGGGUGAGAGGAACGGUGGCGAGGAGUGUAAGAGAGGCUACGGUUGUUGCAGCACAGUUGGGCAAGGGCGUUAGUGGCGUCAAUGGAACGAGAUUUUGA